AAUCAUUUAAAAUUGAAAAAUAAGUAAAAAAAUAUGUAUUGAAAAAACUGUGCAACAUUCCCUAUUAACCUAUUAACUGGUGACAAACACUUUUCCGUGAUUUUUGUACAAUUUACAACAAUGUACAUACAUACAUACAUGCAUUCAUAAGCUAGUGAUGUGAAAAGCGACAAAAAAAAAACAAAAACGGGGGAAUUAUAAAAAUUAAAUAAAAUUGUGAAAAGUGACAAAGUGUCAACGCCGCUGGUGACAUUUAGUCUGUCUAGUGCAAAAAUUGUGAAAUUGUGCACGCAUACACAUCCAAACGAGCGAAAUUGCAAGCCUGCGGUUCAGGCAACUUUUGACGCGUGUGCUGUAGCCUGAUGAUCUCCCUUGCUGGCAGUGCGUGCGUUUGUGUGUCUGUCUAUCUGUCUGCCUGCCGUGUUCUUCGCACUUAAUUAAUGUCAAGUGGGCAUCACUUGCAUUAUGCAAUUUAAAACGACAAGUAGCUUCGCGGACGCAAACAGCAGCCACACUACUACUACUACUACCACUACUACUACCGUGAACAACAACAAAAACAGCAACGCAAGCAAUUAUAGCGAGCGCAACAGUGCCAACAGCAGCAGCAGCAGCAGCAGCACCACCACCAGCUGCAACAACAAAGUUGUCACAAAGUGUCGUGAUUUUGCGCUGAUGUACGCGCAACUACUCGCGAAAGACUCACAGCAGCAGCAGCAGCAGCAGCAAGAACGACAACAACAACAGCAACAACAACAAAAGCAGAAGCAAUUUGAGUACAAAAUGCAAAUUACACCAAAUGCGGAAGUUAAGUGCAUUUGCGCGUCACCACACUACGGCAACAACAACAACAACAACAACAAGUACAGUAACAGCAACAACAACACCAGCAACACAAAACUUACCCCACACAUAACAGCAACAACAAAAACACUAGCUAAAGCACCAGCAGUAGCGACAGUAGCUUGCAACUUGGCAGCUGCCACAAUCCCAACAGCAAUGACUGAUGACAGUGGGUGUUGCAAAUGUGUAGCCAGCAAUAUGGAACGUUGUGGCAAAGAUGUUGAUUACAUUCCCGCUCUUGGCGGCGCUGCGGUAGCGUGUACCAACGUACGUGCCACGCCAACACAUUAUUGCCAACCAUACACUGACAGUCUUAACAAAAACAAUAAUAACAAUAGCCACACAUGUGCAGUCGACUGUAAAGACAAUUUUGUGGCAAGUGAAAGUGCGUCAAAAGAUUGUAAACAUUCCGCAGUGAUUAGAAAUAGUAACGAGGGGAAGGGCAAUUUGCUAACACUUGCAACAGCAGCUGGAGCGAAGGCGUCAACGAGAACAACAAUGGGCACAACGUCGCACUUUGGCAGCUGGAAAAAUCUUUCUACUAUACUGAUAUUCUUGUUUUGCUUUGCGUGGCAUGACUACGCCCAAGCUGCUCUCAGCAAUGUAAAUUUAUUCAUUGAACCUCCAGCAGUACGACGUGGACAAUCGGUCAUUUUACGUUGUCACUAUGCGCUCGAGGGAGCUCCGCUUUAUUCAAUAAAAUACUAUCGUGGCAAUUACGAAUUCUACCGUUAUACACCGGGCGAAUUUCCGAAUGUGAAAUACUUCCAAUACCCAGGCAUUAAAGUCGAUGAACUUAUCUCCAAUGCUACACAAGUUGUCUUACGCGACGUGAGUUUCAGUUUAUCCGGCAACUUUUCUUGCGAAGUCACCGCCGAUGCACCGCUCUUCUCCACCUCCACGGCCUAUGCGCAAGUGCAAGUUGUUGAAUUUCCUGAGAAACGUCCCCAACUCUUUACCGAACAUGCGCGCUAUGAGCCGGGUGAUAUUUUACGCGCCAACUGUAGUACACCGCCGUCGCGACCGCGCGCCGAUUUGCAUUUCACACUUAACCAUAUACCGGUAUCAACGGGCGAAACGCAAUACAUCAGAACGGUUGACAAUUUAAUAGCGUCGAGACUGAGCCUGAAACUGCAAUUGCAUGCAGCACAUUUUGCUGCCGCCAUUAAUACCCAGCACUUGAUGAAUCACCUGAGCGGCAGUCAGGCUGCUAUCGGUGUGCCCUAUAAUACACACAAUGGCGGCGGCGGCGGCGGCGGUGGAAUUGGAAUUGGUGUUGGUGUUGGUGUAGGUGUGGGCAAUGGUGGUUUGGUUUUGCGAUGCACAGCACAAAUUGGUGAUUUGUAUCAGGAGUACAAGGAAAUCGAAUUGGGCACACCGCAAAAGGAUCCGGUGCCAGCCAGAGUGACAUUGUCAUCCGGCUCCAGUCUGCGUAAUUUCUUCGAGACGUACUUCUCCUCAGCCACCUCCUCCGCAUCGGCGGGUGCAUUAUCGAGCGACAGCAUAGCGCGUCCAUUGAAAUUGACAGUAUUGGCAGCUGCUGUAUGGCGUUCACAGGCACUCCUCCUCGACAUGGCAGUCAGCGCAGUGAGUAUUUACAACACAUUAAGGUUGAAACAAGCAGCCAUCGCCGGAAGAUAGUUCAAUCGCUUCAAAUCGAAUGAAUUAAUGCAGUAAAGAGGAAGAAGCAGAAAGCCCAAGCUGACUCUGGGAGGCUGGGCCAGAAGCGAUUGCGGAUGGCCGUCGAUGCAUCGAAUUACUACGAUACAUACAGCUUCGCCAUAAAAUACGAAAACAAGAAAAUGGAGCAUAAUUAUAGGCGCUGCAACAAAAGCUUUUAAUUGCAAAGGAAGAAGCCAAGUGAAAAACCAAAACAAAAACAAAAAAAACAUACGAAACACGCUAUAAAGCGAUAGUUAAAAUACAUACAAUAUUUUAAGCCAGUUUACAUAAGUGAUGAUACACACACGAACACCCUUGCAUACAUACACAAACAUUACUCUAUGUAUGUACAUACAUACAUGUUAAUUAAGUUAAUUAGGAAAAGCUUAAAGAGCGGCGUUGCAGUUGAAAAUAAUGCGGAAAAAAAAACACACGAAGGCGGAGCGAUAAGUAAAUAACAUUUUUAAAUAAGCUUUUUCGAGUAUGUAUGCAUGUAACUACAUAAAUAUGUAUGUAAUAUUUGCAUGUUUGUAAUUGAAUAUUGUUAAUCGUGUUUUACACUUACAAAGUUAAUUAAGCGUAAGCGUAAGUAAGAACAAAGUAAAGCAAAACCAAUUUAAAUGGAAAUGAAAAUGAAAAUGGAAAACGAGAAACAAAAAUAAUUUAGGUGUUAAUUAUUGUGGAAGAAUUGAUAUUAAAUAAAUAUUUGUAAAUAUGUAGUUAUUAUGUUGAUGCAUAUAUGGAUAAGCUUAUGUAAACAAUUAAAUACCAAUACACACAAAAAAAGCACAUGCCUACAUACAUACAUGCAUAAACAAGUUCGUAUACGUAGUCACGUGUAAUUUUUUGAUUUGUUAAAAACAAAACAAUUGACCAAAAAAUCGUUUUAUUUAUACGCAAGCAAUGCUGUGGCGCUUUUAAUGCAUUUCUAUUCUGCUGAAAAAAAGACUUUUAUUCAAAAAAAAAAUUUAGUAAGCACAAUAUUUAUUAUACAUAGAAACUUAAUUAAUGGUAUUUUGUAUUACGUUUAAAUAAGAAAUUUUUUAUAUAAUAUUUAUAUGUAUACACGUUAAAAAAGAAACUUUAAUAAAAGCUGCAUUUAUUAUCUAGCUGCAUUUAUUUUGAUUUUGAUACAAGUUAUUUUACCGUGAAACAUUUUAGAGGUUAGGUAACGCUUUUAAAAGGCAUUAAUUAAAUGAAAAGCUGACAUAUUGAUAUUUUAAAACAAAAAUUAA